AUGUCCUCCAACACGGCCAUCAUCUCCUCCUUUGUGGAGGGAGCUCCGCCAGGAGAGGCAUGUCUUUUCUUCUGCACUCCUCUCUUGCUACAGCCGGUCCCCGAACUCCCGAUUCUACCGAAACGAGCGACACCUUCUUCUGCCCUUGAUCUACACCCAUGUUGGUCCAGAACGACUCGACUAACUGUGCGAGUAGACAUCAAAGCUAUCACCGGUCCAGACCCCAACCUCAUCAAGAACCUCUCUCCUGCGUUCCAAAAGUACAACGAAGAGCAGUUCAUCACCGCGAAGCUCCCGGGUGGAAGCAGCCAGGUGAUCAUCAGCGAGUUUAGCGCGCUGGGGGAGGGGAGGUACUUUGAUUCGGAGAGCCAGAGCUCGUUUGAGUUUGAUCACUCGACGGGCAAGGCGGCGAAUGUGCAGAGUCAUGUUCUGGAGGGGGAGCAAGCCUCGUUGGUGAAAUCAACCCUCAGCACUGUGGGCACCUACGUCAAGGAGCACUACCCCAACGCUGCGUACGGGGCUUACCCGAUCGAGAAUGACACCAAGGUCGCGGUGGUGAUUGUGGCUAAUAAGUAUAGUCCUCAUAACUUUUGGAACGGCCGCUGGCGCUCGUUUUACAUUUAUGAUCCCUCGUCAAACUCCUUGGAGGGAUCCAUCAAGGUUGAUGUGCACUAUUAUGAGGAUGGAAACGUGAGGCUGCUGACGGACAAGAAGGUGAGUGCUUCUGUGUCUGCCGGCCGGGCUGCGGAUGGGAUCGCGAGGGAGAUUUCCACGGCGGAGAAGAAGUACCAGGAGGAUCUGAACAGGAGUUUUACGCAGCUGAGUGAGGGGGCGUUUAAGGCGCUGAGGAGGCAGUUGCCGGUGACGAGGCAGAAGAUUGAGUGGGACAAGGUGGCCAGUUAUAGGUUGGGGCAGGAUAUUGGGGGGGGUUCUGUGAGGAGAUAG